AUGGCCCAAAACCUCGAUGCUCAGUAUAAUGCAGCCGUACAAAGGUUCAGAAAUGAAGAGUUUCCCAUGAUUAGAGACUCAAUAUACUUGGACCAUGCUGGAACAACUCUCUGCCCCAAGUCUCUCCUUGAGGCGUUUGCAAGGGAUAUGACGGGUAAUUUGUAUGGCAACCCGCACUCUGCAUCCAACUCGUCACAGUUGUCUACCGCGCGUAUUGAAGACAUCCGUCUCCAAGCCCUGCAACUGUUCGGCGCCAGCCCCGAUGAGUUCGACCUCGUCUUCGUGGCCAAUGCUACGGCGGGAAUAAAACUGGUUUCCGAAUCCCUGAGAGCCCGCGAUGGAGGAUUUGGGUUUCUUUACCAUCAAGCAUCUCAUACUAGCCUCGUCGGGGUCAGGAUGGAAGCUCAAAGUAGUGUUUGCUUGGGUGAGAAUGAGGCUGAGGAACUGCUUGCAGGCUGCACUACCAAUCUGGCCUCGGUGACAAGGUCUACUCCAGGUGCUGUGUUGUUUGCAUACACGGCACAGUCUAAUUUUGACGGACGCCGUUAUCCAUUGACCUGGGCAGACAAGGUCAGGAGAACCCACGCGUCCAGGAGCAUGCCAAUUUGCACUCUGCUAGACGCAGCCUCUUUCGUUUCGACCUCCCCGUUGCAUCUUGGGGACUCUGAAACCGCCCCAGACUUCACUGUUCUUAGCUUUUACAAAAUGUUUGGCUUUCCAGACCUCGGCGCCUUGAUUGUCAGGAAACAGGCUUGGCCUCUGUUCGAGUCUAGGAGAUAUUUUGGAGGCGGAACGGUCGAUAUGGUGGUGAACUUCAAAGAAUUAUGGCAUGCUCCCAAAACUGGGUUUCUUCAUGAACGCCUGGAAGACGGGACGCUGCCAAUCCAUAACAUAUUUGCACUCGGCUCAGCUAUCCAAAUCCACCAGGGGCUUUUUGGUCCUAUGCAUACAGUAUCCUGCCACGCUACAUUUCUCGCUCAGAAAUUGAUCAAUGAAUUACAAAACCUACACCACAGCAAUGGCGAGAAGGUGUGCACCUUAUACUCGCCAUAUCCCAAACCGAAUGCCGAUGGCAAUGGCUGGAGCCAAGGGCCUAUAAUCGCCUUCAACAUUUGUACUUCCAACGGUUCCUGGGUCAGCCUUGGCGAGUUCGAGAAGCUUGCAAGCCUGCGAGAUAUACACAUCCGUACCGGUAGCCUUUGUAACCCGGGAGGUAUCGCGACGGCCCUGGCACUCGAGCCCUGGGAGAUGAAACGAAACUUCUCGGCCGGCCUCCGCUGCGGAGCUGACAGCGACAUGGCGCUUGGGAAGCCUACGGGCGUCAUUCGUGCUAGUCUUGGUGCUAUGAGCACCACCUCUGAUGUUGAUAGGUUUGUGGCCUUUGUUGUCGAGUUCUUUUGCGACGAUGAAGCUGCAUCUCGAGGUCGACAAGGACAAGGCCGCCCAGAACCGCCGUUGCCUUCCGGUGAGGCAGAACUUUGCGUUGAUAGCUUGACCAUAUACCCUAUCAAGAGCUGUGCAGGCUACUCCAUCCUGCGCGGGAAGCAGUGGCAGGUCCGACCGGAAGGCUUAGCGUGGGACCGCGAAUGGUGUCUUCUCCACAGAGGCUCUGGUCAAGCCCUAAGCCAGAAGAGAUAUCCCAAGAUGGCGCUCAUCAGACCGGUCGUUGAUCUAGAGAGUGGACAACUGUCUGUCAGCUACCUUGGGGAGCCUAUACCAAACCUACCCGGCCGGGUGUCGGUACCGUUGUCUCAUGAUCCAUCCGUCUUCCAGGCUUCCAUCCAUGUCUCUGCGGCGCCUUCACGAGUAUGUGGAGACCAGGUGGCCACCAAAAUUUACCACGACAACGAACUAAACGACUUCUUCUCUACAGCCCUCGGCGUUCCAUGUGUUCUCGCACGGUUCCCGCCAGGGGGUCAACCUAGCAACGCCCAGCGAUCUUCCAAGGCACGUCUUCAAAAGCACCAGAUCCCGAUUGAUGAAGAAAGCGAAGUUUCAGAUGUCUAUGACGGUUCUGGAACAACGACGAAUUGGGAAAAUGAUGAAAGGCAACAUAUUCUUCUAUCCAACGAAAGCCCCAUUCUUCUCAUCAACCUCGCCAGCGUCGACGCGCUGAACCAAGAAAUCAAGUCGAGAAAGGGGAGCGCCGGCGUGAAGAUACCCGCCUCUGCUUUCCGGGCCAACGUCGUGCUCCGGCGGACCGACGAGUCUCGGCCCGACAGUGCCCAAGGCCUUGCAUAUGCAGAGGAGAGGUGGAAAGGGCUGACCAUCGGCAAGCAGACGUACACAAUGCUCGGUGCGUGCAGACGGUGUCAAAUGGUCUGCGUCGAUCAGGACACGGGGUGUCGAGGCGAUGAGCCCUUUAGCACCCUGUCCAAGACGCGCAGGUUUGAUGGGAAAGUCUUUUUUGGGGUUCAUAUGGCCUGGGGAACAAGUUCGCCUUCAAAGGCCGUCGCAGCCGCGCGUGGAGACGUGACAUACCCAACUAUACAGGUCGGUGAGCUUGUUUCAGUUCAUAUGUAG